AUGCAUUAUCCAUCGCAGGAAUCCCCUUACAAUGUGUACCCACCUGGACCGCCCCCCAACCAGUCUCUCCCGCCUACUUACGUGCAUCUUUCUGCACAGUACCCCAACGAGUCUCUUUCCAAUGCUUGUGUGUAUCCGCCACCUCUUUAUUGUCCCCCGGGCCCUUAUCCGUUUGACACAUCCACGCUUCCGCCAAUCCCAGAGUUGCCAGUCGUGUUUCAAAAUGCCGACAAGGAUGGCAGUGGUGCCAUUGACGUUAUCGAGCUUAAUAAUGUUCUUUCCUCGAGAAGUAUGACUUUCAGCCUUUCCACAACAGAGAAAUUACUAGAUAUGUUUAGUAAGGAACGGAGAGGGCUUGUUACCUUCGAUGAGUUCAAGGGGCUUUACUUUUUUGUCAAGAUCAUGUAUGACCGAUUCGUUGAGCGUGAUAUCUCCAAAGAAGGACGUCUAAGUGGAGAAGAAAUACGUUUGGCAAUUCGCGAGGGUGGCUACAAAAUUUCGGAAGAAACAUUUCAAGCAUUAAUGUCUAAGUUUGACCGUAGCAAGAGCGGCUCAUUAGGAUUUGAUGACUACAUUGAACUGUCCAUUUACAUUUCCAAGGUACGCAGUGUUUUUGGAUAUUAUGAUCGGCAGCGUACAGGGGAAGUGGUUUUUAACUUUAACACCUUUAUGGCUGGAAGUCUCUCUACACUUUAA